GGCGCUGUGUGUGUGUGUGUGUGUGUGUGUGUGUGUGUGUGUGUGUGUGUGGCGCGCGCGCGCGCCCCUGGGUCUGUGUUUUUACUGCACUUUCCUGUUGGCUUCCAGUUGCCCCGCCAGUUCCGGGGAGGGCCCUGGGCCAGCAGCUGUCCACCCCCACCUUCAUAAAGGCCCAGCCUGGGACAUCCCACACAGCUGCGCAGCCGGGGGAGACGGGACAGCCCUGUGCCUCCCCUGCUUUCCUUGCUCCUGCCGGCAGCUGGAACCAUGGGAGGCGGCGGUGGCCGCGGUGUCUUUCUUGGGAUGGUCAUUUUGUUGUGUGUCCUGCAAAGAGGAACCGAUUCCUGGCGGGCAGGGGAACUAGCCAAGCCCUGUACCCAAAGAGGAGGAAGAGAGGGAUCCCGGCAUGAGAAAGUGGAAGAGGCGCAGCUGCUGGGAGCAGUGCUGUGUGUCUUGCUCACUCUGUCGGAAGCCGAAUCCCAGAAUUCCGGGGGCUGUACCCGGUGGUGCCCUCUGAAUGCCAGAUGUUUUAAUGCCACUGCCUGUCGCUGCAAGCCGGGAUUCAGUUCCUCAUCUGAAGAGAUCUUCAGCGACCUCACCGUGUCUUGUGAUGACAUCAACGAGUGUGCGCCACCCACGAAGGUGUUCUGCGGAAAACUCGCAGACUGCCAGAAUGUGGAAGGGAGCUACUACUGCACAUGCAGCCCAGGAUAUGCGCCCACUUCUGGGGUAAAAACAUUCUACAAUGAGAGUGAGAACACAUGUCAAGACGUGGACGAAUGUCAGCAGAGCCCACGGGUCUGUAAAAGCUACGGCAUCUGCAGCAACACCCUGGGCAGCUACACCUGCCACUGCCCGCCCGGCUUCGUGCUCAAACCGGAGGACCCAAAGCUCUGCGCAGACGUGAAUGAAUGCACCUCCGGACAUAACCUGUGCCACAGCUCCACCCACUGCCUCAACAAAGCGGGCAGCUAUGAGUGCCAGUGCCGCCCGGGCUGGAGGCCGGUUCCCGGGUCCCCCAACGGCCCAGCCGACACCGUCUGCGAAGAUGUGGACGAGUGCGGCUCCGGGCAGCAUCGCUGCCACACGUCCACCGUGUGCAUCAACACUGUGGGAUCGUACAAGUGCCGCUGCCGCCCAGGCUGGAAGCCCAAACCUGGGCUCCCGAAUAACCAAAACAUCACUGUCUGUGAAGAGACGCCCUUUACCAACUGGACCCCGCCCCCGGGCUCCCACAGCCGGACUCUUUCCCGCUUCUUCAACAAAGUCCAGGAUCUCGGUAAAGACUUCAAGCCAGCCUCGGCCAAGGACACCAUUCAGAACCUCAUUAAGUUGGUGGACGAGCUGAUGGAAGCCAGUGAGGACAUGGACAACCUGGCCCCUCCCAUCCGGCACCUGAUAGCCACCCAUCUGCUCUCGGGCCUCGAAGAAGUCCUGAGGGCCCUGGCCAAGACCUUGCCUGAAGAGCCCGUCACCUACCGUUCCCCUUCGGGCACAGAACUGACCCUGAUAAUUCAGGAGCAGGGGAACAAGAAUGUCACCAUGGGUCAGAGCCAUGCACGGAUGCUGCUGAACUGGGCUGUAGCAGCGAGAGCCGGGGACUCGGGCCCCACUGUGGCAGGCAUCUUCUCCAGCCAGAACAUGAAGAAACUGCUGGCCAAUGCCUCCUUGGACCUGGAGCCCAAGAAGCAAGCCCAGCUGGAAGAGACCCAUGAAAGUCCUGUCCACGGCGCCCAGGUCAGGAUCCUCUCGGCCGUGAACUCUGUCUUUCUGAGCAACACCAACACGGAGAAACUGGCCUCUCCCAUCACUUUCGCCUUCUCCCACAAACACGAGACACCGGGGACUGGGGAGGAGCUCAUCUGUGCCUUCUGGAAGGGUGACAGCAACAUAAGUGGACACUGGGCCACCACAGGCUGCCGGAUGUUGGGCAGCCGGAAUGGCAGCACCACCUGCCAAUGCAGCCACCUGAGCAGCUUUGCCAUCCUCAUGGCGCACUACGACGUGCAGGACUGGAAGCUGGCCCUUAUCACCAAGGUGGGACUGGCGCUGUCGCUGGUCUGUUUGCUGCUCUGCAUUCUCACCUUCCUGCUCGUGCGGCCCAUCCAGGGCUCGCGCACUACCAUACACCUGCACCUGUGCAUCUGCCUCUUUGUGGGCUCCGCCAUCUUCCUGGCUGGCAUCGAGAACCAAAGUGACCAGGUAGGGCUGCGCUGCCGCCUGGUGGCCGGGCUGCUGCACUACUGCUUCCUGGCCGCCUUCUGCUGGAUGAGCCUCGAAGGCCUGGAGCUCUACUUCCUCGUGGUGCGCGUGUUCCAGGGCCAGGGCCUCCGCACGCGCUGGCUCUGCCUGAUCGGCUACGGUGUGCCCCUGCUCAUCGUCGCCAUCUCGGCGGCCUCCUAUAGCGAGGGCUACGGCCGCACCGGCUUCUGCUGGUUGUCCUUUAACCGUGGCUUCCUCUGGAGCUUCCUGGGACCCGUGAUCUUCAUCAUUUUGUGCAAUGCUGUCGUCUUCGUGACUACUGUCUGGAAGCUCGCUCAGAAGUUUUCUGAAAUCAAUCCAGACAUGAAAAAAUUAAAGAAGGCCAGGGUGCUGACCGUCACCGCCAUCGCCCAGCUCUUCCUGUUGGGCUGCACCUGGGUCUUCGGCCUGUUCCUCUUCAGCCCACACAACUGGGUGCUGUCCUAUGUCUUCACCAUCCUCAACUGCCUGCAGGGCCUCUUCCUGUACUUGCUGCACUGCCUGCUCAACCGCAAGGUGCGGGAAGAGUACUGGAAGUGGGCCUGCCUAAUUGCUGGGAACAAGUACUCAGAGUUUGCCUCUUCCACAUCUAACACAAGCCACAAUCAGAUGACUCGGGCCCUCAGGCCAUCAGAGUCCGGCUUGUGAGCCCAGCAUGGGAAUCCGUAUUCAGGCCGUGCUAGCAGCUCCUGUGGCUUGAGCAACUUUUGCACAUGCUGAAGACCGUCCUCUCCUCUCCUCCCAUUCUGCUGCCCCCACUGUGUGCCACAGAGACGGGCAGCAGCUGUACUCUGACACCGAACUCCAGAACACCCAGGGAGGCGGAAAGUCAGAGCCGCUGGUCCUGCUUCCGGCUGUCUCUUUGCCCCAGGGUGGGACAGCUGCUGACCCAGGGCUGCAGCCCAUCGCCCUGGUACGUGCAGCUAGUACUGGGGACAGACUGAGGGCUCUUGCCCAGCCUGGCCUUUUCCUCUCAUCUGUCUUUGCUGCGGAACAGGCCAGGACACUGGGGUUCAACUCCCCUUUAAGCUAAGACUGAUGUCAGAUGCCAGGGCAGGGCCCCUGCCUGAGGCUCACGGUACAGAGGCCUGCCUGCCGCAGGCAGCAGGUCUCACUGUUUUGAAGGUUGUGGAUGUCGUGUACAUUUUUAUCUGUAUGAAUCUUUCAAUGUUGACACUUAAAAUUAAAUAACACAUGUAUAAA